UUCAGCUUUUCAGCGAUGGCGUCUUCUGAUCUGAGACAGGAGCUGGACUGUUCCAUCUGUCUGAGCAUUUAUACAGAUCCUGUAAACCUGAGAUGUGGACACAACUACUGCCGGGUCUGUAUUGAUCGUGUGUUGAACACACAGGUGGGGUCUGGAGGUUAUUCCUGUCCUCAGUGCAGAGAAGAGUUCCGGGAUCGGCCUGUACUGCACAGGAACAUAACACUACGUAACAUAGUGGAGACUUUCCGAUCUACUCAGCCAGAUAAGAAGGAGACUGGAAUCUUCUGUAUACAAUGUAUUCACUCUCCUGUACCUGCUGUUAAAUCCUGUCUGAUGUGUGAAGCUUCUCUAUGUAAUGAUCACCUGAGAGUCCACAGCAAGGCACCAGAACAUGUUCUAACUGAUCCCACCACUUCCAUGGAGAACAGAAAAUGUUCCAUCCAUAAGAAGAUACUGGAGUAUUACUGUACUGAGGACUCUGCCUGUAUCUGUGUGUCCUGCAGGCUGGACGGAGAACACCGGGGACACAAAGUGGAGACUUUGGAUGAGGCUACUGAGAAUAAAAAACAGAAACUGAGAAAUGUUCUGCAGAAACUGAUUGCUAAAAGAAAGGAGAUUGAGAAAAGAGUCCGGAGUCUGCAUGAACGUAAGGGAAGAGUACAAGAAAGAGCAGCUGGUGAACGAGAGAGAGUCACUGCCCUGUUCAAAGAGCUCAGGAGACAUCUGGAAGACCUAGAGAAGAGAGUCCGGAGGAACAUCUCCAGCCAGGAAGAGCGGAUCUCCCUCUCAUUUUCUGAUUUGAUUGAUCAGCUGGAAAUAAAGAAGGAGGAUCUGUCCAGGAAGAUGGAGGACAUUGAGGAGCUGUGUAACAUGACUGACCCACUGACUGUCCUACAGGAAUCAGACACAGGGGUCUUGUGUGAUACUGAGGAGGGAGAUAAUGAGGACAGAGAGAGACAUGAUAGACUCCUCCAUGAUGGAGGGGAUCUGGAUGUGUCUGGAAUCUCACACACAUUACACACAGGGUUAUCUGAGAUGAUAAAAGAGGUAAAUGUAUUCUUCAAUAUACAGGAAGCUUCAGACAUAUUACUGGAUGUGAACACAGCUCAUAAUAAGCUACAGAUAUCAUAUGACAUGAAAACUGCAUCCAGGUCAUAUAUAAAGCAGAAUCGUCCAAAAACACCGCAGAGAUUUCAGGAUUAUAGUAAUGUAUUAAGUAGCAGGAGAUUUUCCUCGGGGCGACAUUACUGGGAAGUGGAUGUCAGUAAAUCAGAGUGGUGGAUGGUCGGGAUGUGUUAUCCCAGUAUAGAGAGGAGAGGAAAGAAGUCAGCUAUUGGAAAUAAUAAGAAGUCCUGGUGUUUUUGCAAAUAUAAUAAUCAGUAUUUCGUAAUACAUAACAGUAAAGAGAUCAGAAUAUCUCCCGAUCUCUCCAGUAACAGAGUCAGGAUCUCUCUGAAUUAUGAGGCCGGGCAGAUAUUCUUUUAUGAUCUGUGUGACCCGAUCAGACACCUCCACACCUUCACCACCACCUUCACUGAGCCCCUCCAUGCUGGGUUAGGUUUGGGGAAAGGUCAUGUGACUAUAUCUGGGGAAGGGGGACUGUGAGGAAUUAUAAUACAGCAGGAAAUCUGCCCAGAAUCUGCUGACAAUACAGAAAUCUGAAUCUCGUUCCCAACACCAAAUUCUUGGCACUAACAGAUCCCAGCAUUGGGGAGUGUAUGGUGAUCACUUCCAGUGCUCAGUAAUAUGAAUGAGAGUUUUCUGGGGCUUAUUUAGUUUUCAGGGGUUAAAAGAAGGAAAUUAAGAUAAAGGGUUAAGUGUUAACUAUUUGAUGGAAGUCUUAAAAUUUAUCCAAAUCCAAACACAUAAAUCUCAUACAGUGUAGUCCUUACAUUUUUCCCUUUAAUUUCACUUGGUAAUCCUGCCAGGAACAUACUCCCUGUCCUACGGUGACAACUCUCACUCUCUGCAAUGUAUCUAUAGAGAAGAAAUGUUGUCACUCUAGGAAGUGUUAGGACUACUUAACGCCUUCAUGUCCAAAACAUGGGGGAGUUGUUCUGUAAAUCACAGGUGAACAGAGACACUCCUGGUAUUGAUCACAGAAUAUGAGACAAUGUGAAAGGAGUGUGUCCUCCCCAUGGAGCGCUGACCACCAGCAGAUACAAAUGUAACUUCCACUGACCGCACUUCCCUAUGAUGUGUGUUAUGGAUUGUUUUAGCUCUGUCAUAUUUCCUGUAUACUUUUAUACCGGUUCUGUAACAUUUCUAUCAUGUCUGUCAGAGAGGAUGAACACCUGGGGGGGUGCUACAUAGGAAGCAAGCCGAUAGUAGACAUGUGCAAUUUUGUUUUUUAACACAUUUCGACAAAUUAGAAAAUAUCCGAAGUAACGAAAAUCUGUUUAACAAAUUUUUCCGAAUAUUCUUAGAUUUGAAUAUUCGAAAAUCCCAAAUUUCGGAAAUCCGAAAA